AUGAAGCUACUGGAAAAUUCGCGAUUUGAAGCUGUUAAUGCUCAGUUAUGUAUGGAGUUAGAGAAUUGUAGAAUUGAAGGAAGAAUUGAGAGUUAUUCCUGUAAAAUGGCUGGUAAUGAUAAACGGUUAUUUAAAAUUUUAAGUAAUGAAAAUAGUCAAAAUGCUGGUGGAUUGCAGGCUUUAUCACCCCCUGAGAGCAAAGUAGUUACACAUAGUCCUAUUAGGCAAUACUGUAAAAGUCAAGAUGGAGAACAUUAUUUAUGUGAUACUAUAUCAACGAAAACAUUAUUUUAUUUAAUAUCAACAUUGAAUGCUUCCUUCCAACCUGAUUAUGAUUUUAGUAAUGCUAAAAGUGAGGAAUUUAGUAGAGAACCAAGUUUACAGUGGGUAACAAAUGCAGUUGAUACUCAAUUAUUUGCUACGGCUGGAGAUUUAUUUGGUUCAUUUAAACAACAAUUUUGGACAGCUUUAGAUGAAGAAAUUUGUCUAUCUGAAUGUGAUAUCUACAGUUAUAAUCCUGAUUUGAAUUCAGAUCCUUAUGGUGAAGAGGGGUGUAUUUGGUCAUUUAAUUAUUUUUUUUAUAAUAAGAAAUUAAAAAGGAUUGUUUUCUUCACUUGUAGAGGAGCAUCAAGACAGUGUGGUGAUUCAGGGUUAGGAACUGAUAUGAGUAUGGAUUUAGAUGAUGAUGCUAUGUUUCUGUGA